GGGCAAAACUUCGCAGGUCUUGUAGCCAUGUAUACAAAAACCCUAUCUUUUCAAGCAUUUGAGGCGACACCUUAAAGGGAACAAUAGAUCAAGAGGGGGAGAGAAUAUGGGGUGUAGCUUUGUAUUGAGGUCACAGAGUGUUUUUCUUAUGGCCAUACUUACUGUGUGUUGCAUGGAAGCAGUUGGUUUGGAGGUACCAUCCACCCCCUUCAAUCUUUCGACUGAUCAAUUCUCUCUCUACCAGUUUAAGAGAGAGGUAAAGCGCGAUCCAUACGGGGUGUUGAGCUCGUGGAAUGCAAGUGUUCGUGUGUGCGAUUGGCAAGGAGUUACAUGCGACCGGCAAAAGGAGAGAGUAGUAACACUGGAUCUUAAGUCUUCUUCCUUGGGUGGCACCAUCAGUCCACACAUCGGUAAUCUCUCUUCUCUUACCUCCCUAAGCCUCUCUGAUAACAUUUUCCAUGGAAACAUCCCUAGGGAGAUUGGACGUUUAUCUCUCUUGAAGAGUCUCGACCUGAGCUUCAAUGUUGUUGAAGGAAGCAUCCCAUUCGAAAUCGGAAACCUUGCGAGUUUGGAACACUUGAAUUUGAGAGUCAACAGCGUACAUGGGAGCAUUCCUGCAGCAAUUGGACGACUGCAGCGCUUAAAAGACUUGGGUUUGUCAUGGAAUUCUUUGUCCGGUAAAAUCCCAUUCGAGUUUGGGGAAUUGCACGAGUCUUGUGCGUCUCGGCAUGACCGGAAACCAUAUGAAUGGAACCUUACCCAUGGACAUGGGCAACUUACCGAACCUAGAAACUCUCUAUCUUUCAGAUAUUAAUUACAAGGAAACAUCCCACCUCCUUUUGGAAACCUUUCAGCUCUAAAAUGGCUCGACCUAUCUAAUAACUCUCUAAUAGGGGACAUACCCAAAGAGUUGAGCCAUUUGAAGAGACUUGGGAUUUUGAGGCUCUGUGGAAAUAACUUGAGUGGUAGUAUCCAUCCUUCCAUUUACAACCUGUCAUCAUUAAGUUAUUUGGAUGCAUCUCAUAAUAGUCUGGUUGGAAGCAUUCCCCCAGGGAUUGGGAACCUUGUGAACUUGAUAAAGUUACAAUUGGAUCACAACUGCUUAAGUGGAAGCAUUCCCUCAACAAUUGGGCAACUUCAUCUUUUGGAUUAUUUAGAUUUGUCAAGGAACAAAUUAUCUGGUCGAAUCCCAUUGAGUUUAAGAAAUUGUUCCCGUCUUUCUCACUUGGAUCUCUCCCAAAACAUGAUUAAUGGAACCAUACCUGCUUCGCUGCUUGCCCUCCAACUUUUACAGAUGGACCUGUCCGAGAACAAGCUUUCAGGAGUUAUUCCAGAUUCAUUUAUCGAUUCACAGCUUUCUACCAGUAUUCGGAUUGCUAGUAAUUCAUUGGAAGGUCCCAUUCCGAAGUCAAUAGGUAACAUCGAAUAUCUAGCGGCUUUGGAUCUCUCUCAUAAUAAUUUACAAGGCCGAAUUCCAGAAUCAUUUAACAACCUGAAAGUAAUACAAAACCUAGACAUAUCUAGGAAUCACCUCUCCGGAAAGAUACCAAAAUAUCUACUGCGGUUUUGGUAUAUAGAGAGAUUAAAUCUAUCAUUCAAUGAAUUCGAAGGAGAGAUUCCAGAAGAGAUACUAUUAAGUAGUACUUCACUUGAUCUCCGAGGAAACAAUAAGCUCUGUGGGGGUCCAAGGACUAUGAAUAUUACUGCUUGCUACAUCCAAUCUUCCGAAGAGAUCCACCAAAGAUUUAGAUCAUCAAGAGUAUUCAUUCUAGCCCCUAUCUUGCCUAUCUUAGCAAUUAUACUUGGGGCAACUAUCUUAUUGGUCCGAAGAAAAAAACCAGGAGACAAAAUUCCUUUCAAAAAAGACUAUAGAAAAGUCUCUUACCAAGAACUAUCUCUGGCCACUAACGGUUUUGAUUCGGCAAAAUUGAUCGGUUUAGGCAGCUUUGGCACUGUUUACAAGGGAACUCUUCUCGAUGGGAUGGUCGUUGCAGUAAAGGUUCUCCACCUGAAGCAUCGUAGAGAUUUCAAGAGUUUCGCAGCCGAAUGUAAAGCUCUCAGUGGAAUUCGACACCGGAACCUUGUCAAGCUGAUCACUUGUUGUAUUACCCAUGGUGUCCGAGGUAAUGACUUCAAAGCCCUAAUAUUAGAAUACAUGUGCAAUGGAAGCUUGAACAAGUGGCUCCACCCACCAAGUCAUUUGGUUAUGGCCAACGAGGAUCAAAAUCACCGAUUAAACUUGAACCUCUUGCAAAGAUUGAGCAUUAUGAUAGAUAUAGCAUCUGCUGUAAAAUAUCUACAUCAUGAUUGUCCAACACCUGUUGUCCAUUGUGAUCUGAAGCCCAGUAAUAUUCUUCUUGAUGAUGACAUGACUGCACAUGUCGGUGACUUUGGCCUAGCUAGAAUCCUGUCUCCAGUUGUUCCAUUAGAUAAUCAGAGUAGUACACUUGGAAUCAAAGGAUCUAUUGGUUACAUUCCUCCAGAGUAUAGUUUUGGUCUUAAAGUAUCAACUAAGGGAGAUGUCUAUAGCUUUGGGAUUCUAUUGUUGGAGGUGUUCAUCGGAAAGAAGCCCACUGAUGAAAUGUUUACAAAUGGAACAACUCUUCGUGAAUUUGUGAAGAGAGUAUUUCCUCAUCGAGUGAUGGAAAUUGUUGAUAAAAGAUUGGUAGAAGUUGGUGAUACAAACAUGGGAUCAAAGAGGAUAAAUGAAAUACAACCAUGUUUAGUGGCCAUCCUGGGUAUCGGGCUUUCUUGUUCAUUAGAAUCACCAAAGGAGAGGAUGGACAUGAGAGAUGUCCUAAAAAAUUUGCAGGACAUAAAAAAUGAGGUAUUCAAGUUUGAUGCAAAAAGAAGAGAGGACUAUUAUACGAUAUGCCCAGCAGCUCAGACAUUGUUACUCACCCCAGUGUAUAAGCAUGUACACAUCUCUCUCUUGAGAGAAAAUAGGAACCUUGGGGCUAAACCAGAUACCCAGAUUCAGUUACAGUCUGCCAUGGUUGGUUUGAGGAAGGAUGUGUUGCUAAAACCAUAUGCAGAAGAUGGUAUUGAGACCGAGAUUAUGAGGAUCUACAACCUUUCAGAACCCCCAAGGUUUCUAUUCACCAUUAAGGAGGAGUCCAGAAAAGAUUUGGAGUCAGAGGAUGGCAAAUCUGGGGCUGGAAGGAGCAGAAAAGGGUCUCGGAACAAGAGCUUGAGUGAGAUUUUGGCCUCUGUUGAAACCCGAUUUGAGACCCCUCUCUCUUCACCCAAGUUUUUCACUCCUCCAUUAGCGCCCAUGGACCAUAACCUCGGUGGUGUCUCUUCACCUCGGUGUUAUCCCCGUGGCUUUAAUCACAAUUUCUUUCUCUCUAUAUUGUCCUUCUCUGGGUCUCCAAUGAUGAAUGCUUUCCGAAGCAUGGGAAUUCAGUCCUUGAACUUUGAUGUGAAUGAUUUUACUUGA